GCUGGUCGUGCCGUAGAGUUGCACCUUAGGCGGUGGUUAAUCUCAUUUCACACUCCAGCGUUCACGCGUUCAAACCCCCGGUCGCCUAAACGUGAAGACUACUCCUCCUAAUCCCCUGGCUACUACGACUUCUGCUACGACUGCACCACUACUAGCACUGCUAAAAUAUUACUGCCUCCCCGUCUGCGGCUUCACACCUGGUCCUGGUCUGUCUGCACCACAACCAAAUCCGACAACCUGACAACUGAACCGCAUCGACAACCUCCUCCUCCUCCUUCUCCUCUCUUCCCUUCUCGUUUAUUUCCAUCCUCACAUCAUCCCUCCCACACAUUUUCUUCUCAGUUGCAGUCCGCGAUACUGCCGCUUUCUCCUUGACUUCUCAAGGUCUGGCUCACGGUCCACCUUGCACGUCACUCCCUUUCUUUUCUUCGGCUUGUUUUGAGAGACCCCAUCCCGCAGUAGCGCUGUCUGUUCCCGUCACCUCUCUAGAGCACUCUCGACUGUCUGAGGCUCGUGCCCUCCGCGACCUCCACCGCACGUCCACGAGUCACCACUGGACGUCUUCCUCGCCCCAGACAUUCCGCUUGGUCGCCUCAGGGCGCAGUCUGACUGGCUGGACCCGUCGAUUCAGCUCUCUCGGGCCUCUUGUGCAACCUUGCCAGCAGUCGACUGCAGCUAAUGGCCUCUGCCGCCAGCGUCACCGCUAACAGCACAAAUUCCUCCAGCACCUUGCUCAACAGUCACGCCCAGCACAAUGGUAAUGGUUCGGCGCGGACGACUAUGAGAACAAACAGCAACACCAAGACUGUCGACGCAGGGCGCAAGCAAAGUCCUGUUGAUGGGGUUUCACGCCGAUCUAGUACUCAGAAGGGUUGGGGUUCGUCGAACCCGGCCUGGCAACGGGGCCCCAUGGCCGCACAGCAGAAUGGCAACGCUUUCCAAGCCAAAGGUUCGAACAGUAUGAGGUCGGCAGGACCGAAAGAGGUGGGCACAUCGGACAACCAAGCCCAUGAGAGGCUCAUGUAUCUCUUUGGAGCCGCGGUCGGUCUUAACAUCAUUGUCGUUGUCAAGUCCGGAGACAAAUACGAGGGCUUGUUGUCUGGUUCCGUCCUUGGUCCCGCAGGUUCCAAGAUUACAUUGAAGAUGGUCAAAAAGACGCCUGCUACAACUGCGGGACAGGCGAACGGUGCUGUCGCCCGGGAAGCGACCUUAGUUGGCUCGACUUCUGAGCACGCGAUGAACUUCGAUUUGAAAGACGUGACUGACCUAGUGAUUCCCGAAUUCUCCCCUCCGGAGAACACAAAGCUUGGGAAUGGCGCCACCUCAGGUUUCCAAACCGAUGCAGAUAUCUCCGGCAACCAGAAUCGUGGAGAGCGCAUGCUGCAAAAAUGGGUGCCCGAAGGUCCUGAGAACGUCGACCUUUCCCUUGAGUCCUCGAACACAGAAAGCUGGGACCAGUUCACUGUCAACUCGCAACUUUUUGGUGCUAAAAGUACCUACGAUGAGAACCUCUAUACUACAACCAUUGACCGGAACUCUCCAUCUUACAAACGCAGAGAAGCUGAAGCUGAGAGAAUCGCGAGAGAGAUAGAAGCGGCGGCUUCUGCGAAUCCCCAUAUUCGUGAAGAACGCGGUCAGGCACUGGAGAACGAUGGUGACGACGAGGAGGAGAAAUACAGUGGUGUUCGCCGUGAGGACACUGCGUUGCCUCCCCUACCUGUUGGCGGACCCAAUAAAUAUACGCCUCCCGCCAGACGGGCCCCAACUGGACAAGCAACGGUUCCCGGUGUUCCUGUCGACCCGGCAAUCAUCUCGGCGCAGCUGUCUGGCCCUGCUAAAUCGAGUGUCCAGAAUGAAAAGGCUCCAGAAGCCAAAGCCGCCCCAACAGAGAAAACAGCAAGUCUCCCAAACAACACCAAUGCUGCGGAUCAAGUCGCCGUGUCCGGACAGGCUGCACCUGUUGUGGCACGCGAGAGCCAAACCUCGUCGACGAAGGACACAGUGAAAGGAGACGCUUCAAAUGCGAAGUCCUCGCCCCAAGCUAAAGCGCCUGUGUCCCAGGGACCUACCGAAAAUGUCGAGUUCAAGGUCCUCAAUCAGUUCCGGCAGUUUGCUGACCUCGAGAAGCAGCGAGUGGCUGAAAAGCGUAAGGCACAGCAGAAUCAAGAUCGGACGGCGAAGCUUAAUGAGCUUCUCCGAUUUUCAAAGACGUUCAAGUUGAAGACACCGAUUCCCAGCGAUCUGGUCGGAAUUUUGGCCAAGGAUCCAGCGAAGCAAGAAGCUAUCAUCGAGAAGGCCCAGAAGGAAACUGCCGAAUCAGCUUCCACAGCCGCCAAUACCCCGUCGGCAUCAACAAACACCAAUACUGCUCGUAAGGCCGAUGUGCCGCAGCCACAGCCAGCUACCAACGACCGCCAGAUUUUCAAUCGUGGACGAGGAGGCUUUGCACAAGCAGGACGAGCUGAUCGACAAGGGCAACAGCAACCACCAGCCUUUGGAGGUCGAAACAACAAUGCCCCUCAUCAGCCUAGAUUUGGCUCACAUCAGCAAGAUCGCAAACCUGCUCAGCCUUACGGCAUUCCCGCUCCAAUACCCAUUAUUGAUGGUCGCGUGCCCCCGACUGGGCCAAUGGCGGACCAAAAUGGAAUGACUAGCCCUCAACGCUCGAAUAUGCAUACUCCCACCUCGGCUGCCUCGAGUAAGUUCAGUCUGAAUGUCAGAGCUUCGGAAUUCCGGCCCACCGCCGCUGCCUUCAAUCCAAGUGGUCCUUCUCACACUCCUUCUAGCCCUGGCUCAACUCAUCGGACAGGAUCCAUCUCUCGGACCGCCAGCCCUUCUUUGGUUUUUGGUCAUCGCAAACCUAAACCAGCAUCGGAGAGACCGUCCAUUACUCAAUAUUUCAAUCCCAUCAAACGCAUGAAGGAGGAGAUCUCACGGAAGCCGAGUGACGGCGCUGCAAAGCCUGAAGAGCCACAUAGAGAUUACAGUGCGAAUGGCGGAAUCCCCAACGCCUUCCAGACAGGACCCAGAUGGUCUGUCAAGACGGAGAAUGACCAGAAGACUUAUGAAGAGGCCUUUGAGCAGUACAUCAUGUCAGCCGUUUCACCUGCACAGAGUCGUUCUGGAUCUAGUCAUAUCCCAUUUCCCGGACAAGUGGUAGGCAUUCCGAAUGGCCCUGCGAAUCUGCCACACGUCGCCGCGCCUCAGCAGGGAGUACACAGUGGGACGCCACAGUACGCGCACCAGUACGAUGAUGGCAGUCACCGUAUGCAAUUCGGUGCCGGCAACACAGGUGUAUAUUCUUCCCCAAGCAUUCCAUCUCGCCAGGCAUCUACCUAUGCUUCCCCCAUGGCGCACCCAGCUCAGUUGGCAUAUCAGCAACAACCAUAUUUUGGUACGCCGUCGGGUCAAAUCCCAGUACAAAUGCGACCGUUUACGGGAACACCAGGAAUGAUGCACGCCCAGGUGGGUCAAGUGGGGGCGCCGAUGAUGGUCCAGCAACCGUCCAAUGGACCCUACAUGGCUAUUCCACCACAGUUCAAUCAUCAAGCACCCGUCUAUUCGCCUACUCCAGGGCACAUCUAUCCUCAGCAGAAUGGGGGCUACACCAGCCCUGGGCGAGUGGCGCCAAUGAUGAUGCAACAGGGGUCGCAACAAGGCCAUCCAGCAGCUCCCAACAUGAUGUUCAGCAUGUCGAAUCAAGGAGCACCGAUGCUGUAUCCACAACAACAUAUACCCGUGCCACGGGGAGGCUAUGGUGGUGGCCAUCAGUACGGCCAGACGUCUCACCAGGGGUAUCCCAUGCAACAUAGGACUAUGAGUAGUGGUUAUGGACAGAUGCCACCUAAAAUGCAUACUCCAAUGCAUGGGCCUGUGAUGAACGGGCCGCCACAGGGACCAGGAUAUGGCCAGAUGGAAGGAGGUCUGGAGGAUGGUAAAUGACAAUGGACGAUGCUGCAAGCGGAGAAUGGACACAUUGAAACGUCCAUGCAUUCGCCACGAUGAAGACACAGCAUGCUCGCUUGCCCAUUGAUUGGCAACAGAGUCUAUCCGGCCUUGCGGCUUUCCAGGUUGGGGCUAUCGAUUUAGCUUCAUUCUUAUGCGCAAUCGCUGCCUUCUGUAAGAGGGCUUCUCCCAUCAGGGGUACUAGCCCUGAAAUUGAUUCAACAUCUGGACACUCGACCAGCAGCGGUAUAGCCAACCUGAAAUCGGAAACAAUAUUACGCUAUAAAGCUCACAGCUGCUGUCUCAAGGUCGUUGUCGCUAUGAUCCGUGCUUCGCCAUAUAUGGUGCACUUAUGUCACCAGCUGACCAGUGAAUCAGGCUGGGCCAAAGCACUCUGAACAAGACUGGAGUGGCAAACAAAGCUGCACACAGGAGCAUUGGCGAUGGGUGCUUCGGACCUGGACUACCAAUUAUGUUUUGAAGAGAAGUAUUGUUACGGGGACGAGAAGAGGGCAGGUGUUCACCGCCCAACUGAGUGGUGGUGGAUUUGAGCUGGAAUCGCUAUGAGAAGUACAUUCUCGCCUACAGAAUGCGGUGGAGGCAGACGAAGGCUCCUCAAACGUGAUGAGGCAGGCCGAAGGAAGGGAGAGGCUCGCCGUGGAGGACAAAGAGGAGAGGACUGAGGCCCUGCAGGGUGCGAGGUAGUCCCGGUGACGAGAGCUUCCGCCUCAUUGCGAUUGAGCACCUCAUCAGCGACUGUCUAUUUGUAGUCGGCGGCGUGGAUUGUCCUGGCAGCGAGAUACUAGUAGUAGGCCAGGAGUAGAACCCCAACCUCGAUAUCAAGUGCUGGUGAGGUGUGUUGCUUAAAAUGUCAGUGCUGCCAGUGUCAAGCGUGUCGACUGGGAGCCUACAAUCAUCAUCAAUGCCUGAGAGGCGGCAGACAGACUGCACAGUUCGUCUAGUAGUAGUACUGCUGAAGUGGUAGUAGCAGCAAUAGUAGCGCAGUGGUAGUAGUACCAUUGUUCUAUUUUUCACGACCUUCUCCAAG